UCAACAAACAACUAUUUUUAACAUUUUCGUAUUCUAUAUUGAAGUUGAACUCUCUCAUCGUUUUCGGGUUUUCUCAUGUAACAAAUAGUUCCGAAACCAUUAUCGUUGUUUUGUUAAUUACUCAUUUAGACCAAGUGCAUAAUUUUUGUCAUUGUCAUGUCAUAAUAGUUCGAGUUUAAUGCGGCAACUAUUUUCAACAUAAUUUUAGACGAAUUAUUGCUUUGAAUUCUCCGCAUUUUCCUUUUUGGAUAAAUCGAUAAAACUUUUUUUUUUAUUAUUCAAGAUCCUUCAGCAUUAUGUGUAUAACGUUGUUCGGGUGUGCUGUUCAAUAGUGGUCACUGUUGUUGUAUAAUGAUGCAUUUAUGCAGAAUUGUCACAUAUUGACGAUCGUUGGUAUCAUUAAAAUGUUAAUUGUUCAGGUGCACAGUCGUUAACGGUUCAUGACAACAAAUUAUGGCAGGCGGACGGAUUUUAAUCCCACUGCCGAACACCAGAUAUGCAUUCCGAAGGAAAAAUUCCGUAUGCGCACGAUUUGCCGUUGGUAUAUUUGUUAUUUGUUUUGGACUAUCGCAGUUGUAUGUUUUAAAUCAAACCGAAAAAAAUACCAAUACCGUUGUGGAGUUAAACUAUUCAGCAGCAGCCAUACUAUCAAUGGUUCCUUCCAUGUAUCAUAAGUACUUGACGACAAAGACUCGGAAUCAAACUUCAGCUAUAAACGGUACAUCAUCAUCAAGUUACGUGGACUCGUAUCGUCGACCAGGCAUCGAACAAAUGCGUCGCUUCAUACGACGGUACAAUGAACUGCAGUCGAUUCUAAAUGAAGAUAUUUUCGGUCCAUUGGAAAAUGAUUCUGUACUGAUUGUGGUUCAAGUUCACACGAGAAUCAAUUAUUUACGUCAUUUGAUUGUUAGUUUGGCUCAGGCGAGAGACAUAUCACGAUCGUUGAUAAUAUUUUCGCAUGAUUACUACGACGAGGACAUCAAUGACUUGAUUCAGUCGAUUGAUUUUUGUAAAGUGAUGCAAAUUUUCUACCCUCAUUCGAUACAGACUCAUCCUCAUGAAUUUCCCGGAGUAGAGCCCGACGAUUGUCCGAGAGACAUUAAACGCGAUCAAGCAAUAAUUCGAAAGUGCACAAACGCCAACUAUCCGGAUCUAUACGGACAUUAUCGUGAAGCUUCAUUUACUCAAACCAAACACCAUUGGUGGUGGAAAGCCAACAGGGUAUUCGAUCAAAUAGCGGCAACACAACAUCACACAGGCGCUGUUCUGUUUCUCGAAGAGGACCAUUACGUGUCUGAGGAUUUCAUUUACCUAUUAGAGCUUAUGCAACGGAAAGCGAAUGAGUUAUGUGGAAAGUGCAAUAUAUUGUCGUUAGGAACGUAUUUGAAAACAUUAAACUAUUACACGUACAAUAACAAUCACAAGGUCGAAAUUACGCCUUGGGUCAGCAGCAAGCACAACAUGGGAUUUUCCUUUAAUCGAUCGACAUGGCGUGAAAUAGUCCAAUGCGCUAAAUAUUUCUGUACAUAUGAUGACUACAAUUGGGAUUGGAGUUUACAACAUGCUUCGCAGAACUGUCUUAAGCAUAAAUUACACGCAAUGGUCGUUAAGGGACCGAGGGUGUUUCAUAUUGGCGAAUGUGGAGUGCAUCAUAGAAAACGAAACUGUGAAUCAAAUCAAGUGAUAUCGAAAGUCCAGCAGGUGCUAAAAAUAGCUACUAGAUCCGGACAAUUAUUUCCCAAAAGCCUAACGCUAACCGUAGCUAGUAUAUUAAAGAAAACGAAAUCCCGCAAGGGUAACGGAGGUUGGGGUGAUCGAAGAGACCACACGCUAUGUCUCAAUAUGACAAUUAGUACAGGGUUGAUAAAAUCGAAACAAAACUUGUAAAAAAUAAAUUUGAAAAAAAAUUACAA